AUGAAUUCCAAGACCGCCAAAGAUAUUGGCAUUAUUGGCAAGUGGGGCUUCAAGUCGGGUAGCUCCAGGCCUGAGAAUGAUCUCGAGAAGUAUAAGCAGGAGAACGCGGCCCUGAGAAAAUCAAUGGAGGAAGUCUUGAAAGGGAAAAGCAAAAUGACCGAUGCGGAAAGGAACGGGCUUCUGGAGAAAGUUAAAAUACUUUCCCUUGAAAAAGAAAAACACAACCAUCUUCUUGGAGAGAAGGACAAAGAAAUCCAAAACCUGAAGGACAAGCUUAGAUCCAAAAAUAAGAAUAGUGAAGUCUCCUCACUACAAAGUCAACUAGAGGAAAAAACAAAGGAAGCAGAAAGGAGAGAACAGUUACUUCGUUCUCUAUCAGAAGAAAUGGACCGGUUAAAAUGUAAUUUAUCUGCUGUUACUGCAAAAUGUUUCGAGCUUGAAAACAGAGCCAGUACUUCCCAGGUAAGCACUGGAGAAACAUUCACUGGAUCACCAACUGAUCUUUACGAAGUUGAAAAACAACUGAAAGAUGCUCUUGAGAAAAACCAACAGUGGCUACUGUAUGAUCAGCAACGUGAAGUGUAUGUCAGGGGACUGCUUGGAAGGAUCUUUGAACUUGAACAGAAGUCAGAAAUAGUUAACCAACAAGAAUCUAAAGAAAUGAGUUCAGAAGGUCAUCUGCAAGAGGAAAAGCAAAAAUAUUAUGACCAGCUGUUACUAACUGCCAAGAGUGAUCUUGAGACUGAAAGACGCACUAUAACCCAGUUGAGAUCUGAACUCAACGAAUUCAAAAAGAAGUAUGAAGAAACACAACAAGAAAUAAUGAGUUUAAAUGCCUUACUGCAGUCGCAACAGGUUGCUGAAAUGAAGACUCUAGAAAAUGAAAAUAAAGUGAAAGGAGAGAAAGUGCAGAGAUUAAAACAAGAAAAUGAAACUAUUAAAGGACAGCUCAGAGAAGAAAAGAAAAGGUCUGAAGAUCUUUUAUGUCAGGUGCAACUUCUUCGUAAAUCAUUGCUGAAACAGCAGGAAGAACACACUAGGAUAGCUUUGUUGGAACAACAGAUCCAGAUAUGCACCACAGACUUUGAGAAUGAAAAGCUCGAUCGCCAGAACUUGCAGCAUCAGUUAAACAAAGUACUCAAGGAACUGCGCAAGGCCAGGGAGCAAAUAACCCGUCUGGAACCUCUGAAACUCCAAGAAUCUGGACAUAUGGAACCACAAGAAGAUUUGCAAGCUGUGUUUGAAGAGAAGCUGACCACAUACAACAGAAGUCCUUCCCUGAAACAUUCAAGCAUUCUUGAUGAAAGCUUUCUCGAGUGUCCCAGAUGUAAACUACAGUAUCCAACAAGCCAGCACAGAGAAUUACUAGCACAUAUUGACUUUUGUACAGCUUGAGCUCCAAAUGGUCUUACUAUAUUUGCUUUAUAUACACUGCCA